ACCCCUUGACCUGGGUCUUAAAAGGGCAAAGAAAGGGGGCUGCCCACGUGGGGGCCGGUCCCACCGUCGUAGGUUUUGGCUCCGGAGUUCUGGAGAGCGUUUGCCAGCGGACCGGAAGGACAGUACCCCCUCUUCCAGCCCUGCUCGGUCUCAGCCACGCAGGGCGCAGCGCGCGGUCCGGGCUGUGGUGCCAUGAGCGCGCUGCGGGCCGCCGUGACACUGGCCCUGGGUGCGGGGCUGGGCUCUGUUGCUGAGCGCUGGCGGCGGCGCGGGCCGGAGGCGCGGGCGGCGCCGGGGCUGCUGGGCCGCCUGCCAGUGCUGCCCGUGGCGGCAGCGGCUGAGCUGCCCGCGGUGCCCGGGGGACCGGCCAGCCUGGGCCCCGGCGAGCUCGCCAAGUACGGGCUGCCCGGGGUGGCGCAGCUCAAGAGCCGGGAGUCGUACGUGCUGUGCUACGACCCGCGCACCCGCGGCGCGCUCUGGGUGGUCGAGCAGCUGCGGCCCGAGCGGCUCCGCGGCGACGGCGACCGCCAAGCGUGCGAUUUCCGCGAGGACGACUCGGUGCACAAGUACCACCGCGCCACCAAUGCCGACUUCCGCGGCAGCGGCUUCGACCGCGGCCACCUCGCCGCCGCCGCCAACCACCGCUGGAGCCAGAAGGCCAUGGAUGACACCUUCUACCUGAGCAACGUCGCGCCCCAGGUACCGCACCUCAACCAGAACGCCUGGAACAACCUGGAGAAGUACAGCCGCAGCCUGACACGCUCCUACCAGAACGUCUAUGUCUGCACUGGGCCGCUCUUCCUGCCUAGGACGGAGGCCGACGGGAAGUCCUAUGUGAAGUACCAGGUCAUCGGCAAGAAUCACGUGGCAGUGCCCACACACUUCUUCAAGGUGCUGAUCCUGGAGGCUGCGGCUGGGCAGAUUGAGCUGCGCUCCUACGUGCUGCCCAAUGCACCAGUGGAUGAGGCCAUCCCACUCGAGCGCUUCCUGGUGCCCAUCGAGAGCAUUGAGCGGGCCUCGGGGCUGCUCUUCGUGCCCAACAUCCUGGCGCGGGCGGGCACCGUCAAGGCCAUCACUACCGGUGGCAAGUGAGGCGCAGGCCCGGGACUGAGGUAUGGGGGCCGCAGUGCAUUAAAGCCGGUUAUUUUUGGA